GCGACGCCGCGACGUGAAGAUUGGUUGGUGGCAGUGGUCAGCCCAUCGCUGCUUACCUGGCUUUACUGCUUUAUUACACUUUCGUGUAAAUCGCAAUGUGACGAAGUUUGGACAUCCUACAUUCACUCUUACAGGACUUUCUUGCCAACGUUCACUUUCUUAUCGUGCGAUGAUAAGAAGCACUAUAGGAGCGUCGAUGAACUAACAAGUCAUCCCCAUGUGCAGAAGCUUAGAUCCCUCAAAACAACCAUGGACCUUGCCGAGAAACUUCGGAGAGUCAAACGGCUCUUUGAUAGCUACCUGUCGCAUGCACAUUACCACCCGAACCUCGUGCUUAAGAGGUCGAGGAAGGCACUGCUCCUCAUUAUGAUGGUUCUGGGACUGGUCCUCUACCUGGGACCGUCCUUGUUCCGCUGGGUCCGGCACAAGACGCCCAUCAUGAUAGAUCCGAGCAUCGGUUGCGUCGCUCUCAACGUUGACCCAUUUCUUGGCGACGUCGGCAACUUCGAUGCCAACCUGUACCGCAGUUACGAAAGCUCCACCGACAAGCGGCUCCUCUCCUUCGUGGGCAACGGAAAGGUUGGCUUUUCGGUGGACAAUGACAACACGCUCUAUGUGCACAACAACCGGACGUUGUCACUGGCACUGCCGUUCCAUCCCGGAGUGGAAAUUAUUUAUCCGGAUGCAUCGCAUCAAGAGGGCACUGUGGUUCACUUUGUGAAGGGAACCGUGUUCAGGUACCAGUGCUUUAACAAGAGGAGAAAGACGAUCAGCGUGAGCCACACCUACUACGCCCACCGAACCAUUCCGUCCCUGCUCGUCCAGAACAUCAAGAUCGUCAACCCCUUGAGUGACCCAAUCACGUUUGGCGUCGAGCAGAAAGGUUCGACCACCGAAAAUCUCCAGGCAAAGCCUCUUGGGAUCAAGGACCGGUACGGCCAGGACAACAUUGUUUGGCAUGGGAAAGUGCCGGCAAGGGCAUCCAAGGACAGCUUCGUCGUGUUUGCACUGGUCACCCCGAAGCUGCCGAACACCAUCACGGUCGAAGCAAAAAGCUCGACAGUGCUCAGAAUCCAGACCCUGGUUGAGUACUCGGCACCUGUGAAGUCGGACCAGUAUCCAGCCACAAUUACACAAGUGAAGACAUUCCUCAAGGAUGAGAUGCAGAGGGUGGUGAGCCUGGAGAGUCAUGUGCUCCGCAACAUGCACGUCGACGCCUGGAAUCAGCUCUGGAGCACGGGGUUUGGCAUCAGCCAGUCCAAGGCGUACGGGGCCCUGAAUGGGGACGAGAUCAACGGCACCAUCUACUACGUGCUCUCGCACAGCCGGGCCCUGGCCUCGGAGUGGAGCACGGGGCCCGCCGAGCACCGGGAGCUCCAGGCACUCCUCGCCUACCCGGAGCACUGCUACGGCGGACACCACACCCUGCAAGCGUCCACCCUGUGGACUGACCUGAGCAGCCUGUCGUCGGUGACCAAUGCGGUCACCCUGUGGAUGCUCACCCUGGAGAACCAGGGCUGCUCCAAGCUCAUGAAGUCAGGUGCGGAGGGAGUCCUGCAGGCGAUGGUGCUGAGCCUGGGGGCCUUCCUGUUCAAGGACAGCCACCUGGAGCUGAACACGCAGCCCAAGGACCUGCACCGGGAGCUGUUCUUCCGCCGCAUCAGCUACGGCAACGCCACCCACCUCAACGUGAGCGUGGCACUCGGGGACGACAACAAGGCCCUGCUCCGGGUGCUGCUGGACCGCAGUGACCGGGACUACUACGCCUGCGACGGCGGCUGCCUCGACCCCCCCGUCAAGCUCGACUUCAAGCCCAAGCAGUUCCCGGUGAAGUUGACGGCUCCCGUCACGGCGGUGCUCUACAUUACCUCGGACAGGGACCACAUGGAGGAGCUCAAGCACACCAUCCAUGUGCAGGAGGUGGUCGAAGCGCCGGCGCACGAGCACCACGUGAUAGCGUUGCACCGGCACGGACACCGCCUGGGCGGCCUCCCGGCGCUCUUCUGGGUCUCCAUCACCUUCCUGAUCGUCGUGUUCCACCUGUUCCUCGCCAAGCUCAUCUACAACGAGUACUGCGGCGCCCCGGAGAAGACGCGGGCGCGCUACGUCGUAUGAUCCCACUCGUGCCUCCGGAGGAGUCGGGAUUGCCAGCCAGGGAACGUUCAAGAGCCUCGGUUCGGGACACCCCGAGAACGCCCCCGGACAGUCGAUUUGCUCUCGGAGGUCGGAACGUGAUUCGCUCGACUGAGGCUAAGUGUUUGGGCAGGUGGCUCGGCCACGUUCCUGGAACGCACCUCGGAUUUGCUUGCACUGCCCAGCGACGUCUCUGCUAGAUGGCAUAGGAUUGUUGCGGCACUCCGUUUGCCCCCCAAACCCGGUGAAAGCUACGCGCUCAUUGGACCGGUCGUACGUCUUGUGCCCCGUGAUUGCCCUCCCAGCCGUAUUUACUCACAGCGAGCAAGGUCGGGCGGCAAAAGGGAGGCAGUCGACGGGUCCGGCGAGCGCGUAGCUUCUGCCGCGCCGUCGGUUCGGGGGUGCGUCGUGGCAAUGGGCGGCCAGACUCGUUAAAUCGUGACCCACCCACCAGCCGGGGUUCCUCGUUACGUCCACGCAGCCUCUACCACCGAAACGGUGGCCAGAGAUGCGUUCCAGGCACCCUCCUUCGUCCAAGUUAAUCCAGUUUUUAGAAAGUGCCGCCAUUGUCAGAUUAUGCACCCGUUCAAUAUCCGAGUUGAUGAGAACGGCAGGAAGAAGUUUGGUCUUGUGUCUGGUGAACCCGAGCCAAAGCGUGACGUGACUGGAGGCGUUCCAAGGACACUCCCCGUCAUUCUGGGAUUGUCGGCAACUGUAAUUUGAAUCUGCACGUGGCCUCCCCGACUGUUUUUCUUUUUUGUGCGGUGCUUCGUAGAGCGUGCGAUUUCCGCUGCGCCGAGACUGUGUACAUAACCUUUGGUGGCAUUCUUACAGUGUGCCGUAACGUGGUGUCGCGGACAGCCUUCAAAGUUGCAACAUUGUUUGGCAUUUGGUCGAAUGCGGUACACUUUCGGUCGACAAUGUUUAUCCGGAGGAUUGUUUGUUUGGAAGAGCUUUAGGCGCGCGGGACGUUAAUUGGGCAAGUGCGAGUCGGCGACGCAAUGCCCAAUCAAAAGCUAUAUGCAAUAAAGUGAUUUAGCGAAUGGUCGUAGUCCUAAAGCAAUGUUUUUUUCUGUUUCCCCUCGGAAUGAUUGCGGUGAAUUUGGAGGUGGGCAUUUAUAACGAGACGUUUUGGCAUGGGUUACUUUUGUGGGGGUUGGCGCUUACGUGCCUGUAAUUAUGGGCAACUUACGUCUCAUUUUGUACAUAGCCUUAGCGUUUUUGUUUAAGGGCCAGAAAGGUGCUGUGCGAAGUGCACAGUUCUGAGCGUCGCAGAAUUGCAGCCAGAUUUCAGGUUACCGUGAAAGGGCAAUGCUGCCAUCGUGUUUUUUUUUAAACUGUUUGAUAACGAGUUUUUGUGCCUUCCAGUUUAAAAUGUGCUUCCUUCUUUCCUUGUAUGUAUUGAAAGGGAAUGUGCCCGAUUAAAUAAUGUAAUUUGUUUAGAGACAAACGACAACUUUGAAAAAUGUCAUGACCAGCUUUCUUCUGGAAAAAAAAAGGCUCUGUGGCUUUAUUCGCAAUAUGUGUACAUAGGUAAGGUUGUGGAGGUGUAGCACUUGACAGUGGCGAGCCAAAGAGUGCAAAGUCAUGAUCAGCUGUUUUGUUUUUUUCCUUCGUGUGAAUGUGGUCGCCUGGUUUGUGCUUGAUGGGUACUCUGUAUGUUUGUGGGUAACCCAUGUAAAUAACUGCAACAUUAUGUGGAAGCGGUGACGGAGAGUUCCUUUCAUGAGCUGGCUCAAUAAAAUGUGGACUUAUUUAUUCCUGCA